AUGGGCGUCGAAGAUUGCGCCACCCACGGUGCUGCCGUCUACGUGUUCGGGGACCCCGUCUCGAAAUCUUUCUCGCCAGACUUCCACCGAGCAAUCUUCACGUCGCUCAAGCUGCCAUGGCACGUCUCCUUACUCGAAUCCAGCGACGUCGAGGACCUACGGCGCGCGAUUUCAGAACCCGGGUUUGUGGGUGCUGCUGUGACGAUCCUAAAUAAGACGUCUGCGAUGGCCGUUGUCGAAAGAUUGACUCCUGACGCCGUUGCUCUAAAGUCCAUCAACACAGUAUAUGUACGUGACGAUCAAGGCAGAAGGGUCACCGUCGGUACCAACACCGAUUGGCUGGGCAUGUCCCGCGCCAUUCUCGGGUUGGACUUGGGCGCCGAGGAUCGAGCAAGAGCUGGGGGUGCUGUUGUUCUUGGGACCGGUGUUCUGUGCCGUACUGCCAUUUACGGACUUACCAUUGGGCUCGGUGCAUCUCGCAUCUACAUGAUGCAUGAUGAUGCCUCCGAGGUGGAAGAUACCCUGAAGGACUUGCAGGGUGUCGACUUGCCUGACUGCCACUUCAUUCAUCUCCGCUCUGACGACUAUGCGCUGAAGUUUGAUGCCCGGCCGACCAUCGUGAUCAACGCAAACCCCAGUCAACGCACGCCAAAUUCCUUGAAGAGUGCUAUGUUGGAUCGACAUGGCGCAAAGGCCCCUGGUAUCUUAUUAGAUCUGGCCUCUCUGCCAGGGACACCAACAGAGCUAGCUCGGACUUUGAAAGAUGCCGGGUGGAAAGCUGCUACGUUUGUGGACUUCUUCGCUCAGCAAGGCAUCGAGCAAGACAGUGUGUGGACGGGCACAUCGCAGCAGCAGCACUUGGAGCGAGGGCUUGAGGCGGUUUCCGCUUAUCUAGUGUAA